UCUAUAGCUACAGUGUGUGAUUAUUAUUUAGGAUGUCACCUGGGAAGGGUAAAAAUAAAAAUUGCUCGAAAUGCGUUUUUUGCGAACAAAUUUUUUAUAAGCCAUAUCCAAAACAAGUUUAAAGUCAUGCUCAAAAUGAUGCUACAUCAGCUUCUGAAUAAAAUGUGACAGUACAACUAAACGCAAAAUUUCACAUUUUCGCGGCAUGCGUUAGCGCCCGUCACCGUACACCUGUCAUUGUUCACGACAUGACAGUAGCCAUCUUGCCGCCGCACUGGUCGGCCGCGUCAAAUUAGGAAGCCUUCGGUGUGUACGGUUGUUAUUAUACGUAUUCUAUUAUAAAUAAAUUAAGGUUAGUUAAGUGUGUAUCUCUGGUGUUAUUAUUUAUCUCCAAGUAUUUGUGACAAAAAGGCGCACACAGUUUUGAGGUUGCUAACAAUAUCUGCCGGUCUAUAUAAUUCACUUGCUGAGACACUUAUCUUAACAGAGGCUCAAUAUCCAAUCCUUAAGGCGAGAAGUAUGAAUAAAGAAAUUACAGAAGCCGAAGCAAUGGAAUUCUCAAAGGAGCAGUUCAAGUCACUGUUGGAGACGAUACAGACACAACGCCGCAGUUCAUUUGUCACAUGCAAAGUAAGUUACGAUGGCACGAGAGAUAGAGAAACCGUUGAAACCUUUCUGAGUGUAGCAACUGCUUUCAAGGCCGUGGAAAACAUUAGUGAUGAGGUAGCCAUUAUGAGCGUACCGCUGAUUUUGAAGGGUGAAGCUGCGAUUUGGUGGAGUUAUAGCAGAAAGGAAGUCAAUACCUGGGCCGAAUUCCAAGAAAAAUUGCGCUUUAACUUUGCUCCCAGACGACCAGCAUAUAUUAUUUAUCAGGAUAUAAUGGGCAACAAGCAAGAAGAGAAUGAACUCACAGAUAAAUUUCUUUUAAAAAAGAGGGCUCUUUUUGGACAACUUCCAGAACCAUCUCACUCGGAAUCACAGCAGUUGGACAUGAUUUAUGGCCUAUUAAGAUUGAAGAUUCGCUGGAGUAUUCCUAGAGACUCCAUUUCUACCUACGAAGAUUUGAUGACAGCGGCAAGAAGAGUGGAACAGCUGCUCGAAGAAGAAGAAACUAUAGCCGCACUGUCGAAUGAAAGACUGCAGGAAAAAAAGAAAAAGAAGAAGUCCAAGAAGGCGCGGUGUGGGCUUUGCAGAUUACGUGGUCAUUCUGCACAAGUUUGCAGAAUGGGAAGACAACAGGGUCCAAACGCCAUUGUCCCUGCAGUACAAGAGUCGCCUUUGUCACCGACAUCGUCAGCUACGUCAGACGUGGCACCGCCAUCCCAGCCCACACUUUCUUGCCAAGAUUGUGGAGUGCUAGGAGUGAUACGAUCGAACUGCCAAAGUUGUCUGAUCAAGACCCAGACGCCGCGCAAUAUCAGAUUUUGGUGAAAAUCAAUACUGAGUCGUGCCAAAAAGAUCUAUCUAAAUUUUUCGUUUCGUGCGUUUAUAUUAUAGGAGUGACGAAAAUGUGCAUGUAUUUUUUCAAACUACUUAAGUAAUCCGUAACUAACUGUCCGUUCUAAUAAAUAUUGGUUGAUUUCA